AUGGACUUUCUUCAAGAACUAAACGAACAACAAAAACAAGCCGUUUAUGAAGAACAUUCCCGAAUAUGCGUUAUUGCCGGGCCUGGUUGUGGCAAAACUAAAACUCUGGUCAGCAGACUAAUUUACUUAUUAGCAAGUCAAAAAGCCCAGCCCCAAAAUAUCCUGGUUUUAACUUUUGCUAAAAAAGCCAUUAAAGAAAUAAAAAAACGGGUUUUUUCUUAUGUUACCACCGUUUCCCCCAAAGAUUUACAUAUCUAUAAUUUUCAUUCUUUUUGUUUUCAUGUUCUUAAUAAACAUUCGUAUCUGUUAGGUUUCCCCGAAAGUAAAUUUCCGGUUUAUGAUCGUCACGAGCAAGAAACCAUAAUUCGUAAAAUACUCUAUCAGAAUAAUUAUAGUGCGGAAAAAAAAGAAAUAAACACCAUUCUCGCUUAUAUUAGUGCCCUGGAUUUUAAUGAUUUGCUGCUUUACACCAUUGAUCUUUUUACUUAUCGCCCUUCGGUUCGGCAAGAAUAUCAGGCCCAAUUUACUCAUAUUUUAUUGGACGAAUUUCAAGACAUUAACUCGAAAUUGACAUUUAGCGAUAUUGCUAUCCUCUAUCGCAACAAUUAUCUUUCUACUCGCUUGGAACAAGAAUUAGUGGCUCAGCGAGUACCUUAUGAAAUAUUAGGUUCUUUCAAAUUUAUUGAACGGGAGGAAAUUAAGGAUGUUUUAUCCUUUUUACGAACCAUUGUUUAUCAGGAUAAUAUUUCUUUGUUGAGGAUAUUAGGAUUACAAGAAAAAAUUGGGGCUCGCACCAUUGAAAAAAUCGAACAAAACAGCGAAAAAGAAAAGAUAAGUAUCUAUGAAUAUCUGAAUAAUUUUGCUACUAUCAACAAUUUAAGCCAGGAAAAAAUGAUGGCAGGACAAGACAAAAAAUUGAUUAAAACCAGAAAUAAUUUGGUUCUUUCUUCGGUCCACCAAGCGAAAGGCUUAGAAUUUGAAGUAGUUUUUUUUGUUUAUUUGGACCAGGGAACCCUACCUUACAAAGAAACCCAAGACCUCACGGAGGAAAAAAGAUUAUUUUACGUGGGGAUAACCCGAGCGAAAAAAUUACUCUAUUUAAUUAGUAGUUUAGAAAUUAGCCUCUCGGUGUCCGGACGCUUAGAGAUUGUUGCUCCCCAAUUACUUCCCGCCACAAAAAUUAGCCAAUUAUUAUAUGUGAUAUAUGAUAAAUUGAAUUAUCUCUUUGGUUAUCUGGACUAUCAGGUGGUGACUCAGGAGAAAGCAGUUGUUGACAAAACUGACUUUAAGGAAUAUUUUUCUUUUCUCUUGGUCUUAAAAGAAAUGUUGAAAAAAUUAGGCUUUCCCGACCUGCGUUUUGCUUCUCAACAAAAGAAAAAAAAUACGGUUAAAAAUAAUGAUUGUGGAAACCACGUAAAUAAUAAUGAGAUAAACAAAAGGGAGAAAAAAAAUAAUUUUAACUUAGCCAAUGAAUUAGGAGUUCAUACUAAAUUUAGCACUUUGGAUGGAAUAAGCAGCCCGGCAGAUUACGCUGCCAGUGCCCGACAGAAAAAUUAUUCGGCUUUGGCAGUAACCGACCAUUAUAACGUCCAAGCCUUUCCGGAGUUCAGCCAGCACCAAAGCCCAGAUUUGAAAAUUAUUUAUGGUUGUGAAAUGGAAAUGUUAGAGGACGAACUACCACCUUAUUUUUUUAAUCAUUCAGCAACGAUUUUAGACCAAAAAAUAGAUAAUUUGACUUAUUGUGUUUUCGAUUUGGAAACCACAGGCUUUUUUUCGCAAUACAAUGAAAUUAUUGAGUUAGGUUAUGUUAUUUAUCAUCAAGGAGAAAUUAUUCGAGAAAAAGAAUAUUUAAUCCGCCCCCAAAAAGAAAUUCCAGCCGAAGUUUUAGCGGCCUGA